CGACGACGACCGCGGGACGUCCCGUCGCGCUGCCCCAGCAGACAAAGACCCACCCGACGGUUCGUCUCGCCACGAUUGGGCAGCCCGGUUCGAAAUCAAGUUGCUAAAAAGUCUCCCUUCACUUCCCUAACGCGACCGGCCGGUGUGGAGCUACGCCCCGCCCACCCGAGUCCGCAAUGAUUUAGAAGUUCAGGAAUCCCACGUGACGUCACGGGGGAUGAUGUAAUGCGACUGUAAAUAGAAAGUAUUGUAAUCUCGCGCCAGUCCAACGUGGUUCCUCGCGCCGCUUGUCCCUCCUCACUUGAAGUUUGGGUUUCCCUUAGAGCGUCUUUUCGCCGGUCGGUGGUCUAUUUGGCGGCGAUGACAGCAGCUCAACGCCGUACCGGCCUUGGUUUUGUCUGAAGGAACUUUGGGAAACGCGAAUACUGUACACUGGAUCGUCACGGGAAGAGGACUUGAUGCUCAGAAGAGCCGAGCCGCUAAUUUUGUUUUGAAUGAACUCCAAAUGGCGAUGUUGACAUCCGGCAACAGAAGGAAGCCUGCAUAUGACAUGAAUGACAAACAGGACGGGCCUUAUGUGUGCGAGGCCCCUGGCUGCUCUCAGCGCUUCCAGUUUGAGGAGCAUCUUAUCAUUCACAGACACAAACAUGAGAUGACCCUCAGAUUCUCCUCCACCAAGACGGAUACGACUUUUACCGACCAGACGCCAACUCCCACUCGGUUUUUGCAGAACUGUGAAGAAGUUGGUCUGUUCAAGGAGAUCGAGGAGGAGUUUCUUCAGGAGCAGGAAGCGGAGGAGAGCAAACAGACGCUUUCCCAUAAUGGGCCUUCUUGUAUGAAUCAGCAGCAGCUCAAAGCCCAGCUCAGGCACCCACAGCACCAUCCCCACGCCCAUUCCCUGCAGCACCCGCAGGCCCACGGCCCAAUGAUUGGCCCGAGUUGCAGCCUGGCUACCCAGCAAGCCGUAUCCUCCUCCAUGUCUGGCUCGGCCAACAGCCAAGCUCCAUCCACGCUCACACACUCGGGACCCGUUCCUGGUCCGCCCUCCUCCCUCCUCCACAUACGCAACAGACACCGUCAACCGCUGCCAGCCUCGCUGCCUGGCACCCUGCCCGACCCCGCCAUGCAAGGGGCAUCUGCUCAGCACAUGUCCAUGGAGAAGCAGAUGUCUUGUAUAAUGGGUAUACCAGGCCCCAUAAACAACCCGUCCUGUUCCUCGCCUCAGAGGUGCAAGCAGAUGAUGGGGCAUCCCUACCAACACCAGCACCCGGUAAUGGCUCCCGUAAACAAUCCUACGAGUGCAAUGAUGGAGAUCAUGUCACAGCGCCACCAGGCUCCUCCACUACAACACCCCCAUCACUCCCAUCACCAUCCUCAGCUUACCGCUCCACCCCUCAGCUACCAUCAGCGAUGUCAGCCAACCCAUCCGCAACACCUCGGAAACCCCCACAGCCACGCUCACCCAUCAAGGAACGUACCAGCUCACCAAUCACCCCCCACUCACCUCCCCCAAGGGUCACCCCCUGCACCUCCUCUGUCUGUACCUGCACAGGUAUCGCCGGUUCCGCAGCAAAUGCACCCCUGUCAAUCGCCGCACUCCCAGCAUGCGCUGCAGGCAGGCGGAAGCUGCAACCGGCGGAGGAGGACGACCGAGCAGGACCCCGACGAGCGCAGACAAAAGUUCCUGGAACGCAAUCGAGCGGCCGCUACCCGCUGCAGACAGAAGCGGAAAUUGUGGGUGUCGUCUCUGGAGAAGAAAGCCGAGGAGCUGACUCACACCAACCUUCAGCUGCAGAAUGAGGUGACGUCACUGAGGUCGGAGGUCGGUCAGCUGAAGCAGAUUCUCCUCACCCACAAGGACUGCCCUGUCACAGCCCGACAGAGAGAAACACACGGGUACAACACUACAGGGGUGAGUCCGGGAGGAAGUCCCACCCCUGUAGAUUCUGCGUGUCACCGGCAGGCCAUCCAACACAACAGCAUCACCACGUCCUCGGUGAGAGGCAUCACACAGCACGAGCCCAAGCCUGGACGCUAGAGAUCGGACUGGAUUAUUUUGUUGUUUUUUCAGUGUUCACAUCAUUCACUCUGUCCAUUUCAAAUGGUGCAUAAAAUGCCUUCUGUAAAAGCUUUUUCGAAUGGUUGCAGCAUUGAGUUUUUUUUUUUUUGACCGCUAACUUAGGGACGCUCAUUUCGUUUGGCCUUGCUUGUAUAUCUUGCACUAAUUUUGAAAGCUCCUAUUUUUAACAGAGCAUGGAUAUUAUGCAAAUGUGCACCUUUUGCCUUCUCCUCAAAGCAGAGGCAGCUUCUAAAAGAAAUGAUGACUAUAUAUUUUUCUACAAUUCAGAAUAAGAACACCUUUUUCGAUACAAGUGUCGUUGCGUCAUAAUUUCGAAUCAAUACGUUGUGUUGGAAGCCAUUUCAUGAUGCAAUAUUUCCUUCCAGGCACUUUCGAAAUAACUUUCUCUCCGAAGCUGAAUCCCUGUUAGCAUAAUUUAAUUUGCACUUGAGUUUGUCUUUUUGUACUGUAAAAUGGUGACUGUACAUGUAUAAAAUUAAUAAUAAAAAAACAAUCUUAUUCUGCCUUGUUCCGUUCUUGUUGGGCAUUUUUAUGUCGUUGGAUACAGUACUUAAGAGUGGUCGAGGGCGCCCUCUUGUGACCGAUUUCUUUUUGCUCUUCUGCAACAGGGUUUGUGAAGCGGCCUAUGAAAUGUUGCUGCAAGUAUGCAGCAAUUUUAAUGAAAUCUCUUGAAAUUGUCAAACUAUUCUAUAUGUAAUGUAU